AACAAUACUUAUUUGAAUAGGAAAUUAGUUUUAGUGGUACAGUGUUGUCGACGAGAUGUGGGAGCUAGCCAAACAACCAACCCAUCCAUCAUCAUUGCAUGUGUAAAACGUAACUCCUGGUGAUCUUUUUAUAGAGAUAAUGAGGACGAACAAAACAAUUAUUAUUAUUAUAAAACUAAAUCAUUAAACAUUUGUGAAUUAUAUCCUAUAUAUUAGGUAUAGAGUCCCCUAAUAAAUAAUAAAAUAUCAUAAUAGAUAUUCCAGAAUAUAUCGCUCAAAGUGCAUCACUUCACCUAGACAGACACUAUGCAAAUAUCACCUGAAUUACAAGUGAAUUAUAAUAUUGGCUAUAAUGUGCCACAAAAUUUUAGUGAUGGGGGUCAAUUUCAAAGGUUUUCAAGAACCAUUUUAACAAUGGCAUCAGUUGCAACAAUUGCUCUAAUGGUUGUGGGUGUAUUUGGUAAUUCGUUAACAAUCAUUGCAUUGGCAAAACGGUCGAAAAUUCGUACAAUGGCUGCAGCUUUUAUAGUCAGUUUAUGUAUUGCCGAUUUAUUAUUUUGUUUCACCGUAUUACCAUUUUCUGCUAGUCAUUUUCUACAUGGUACAUGGGUUCAUGGUGAUUUGUUAUGUUCGCUAAUACCAUUUUUACGAUAUGGAAAUGUUGGUGUAUCGCUAUUAUCAGUUGCAAUGAUAUCAAUCAAUCGUUAUGUAUUAAUUGCAUGGCCACAUUUAUAUCCAAGAAUUUAUACACGAUGUACAGUUGCAUUUUUUAUUGCAUUCUGUUGGUUAUUUAGCUAUGGAAUGCAAUUACCAACACUAUUAGGAAUUUGGGGUGAAUUUGGAUACGACGCUCGUUUAGGAACGUGCACAAUUAAAAAGGAUGAACAUGGUCGAAGUUCCAAAACAGCAUUAUUCAUAAUAGCGUUUAUUGUACCAUGUCUCAUUAUUAUUGUAUGUUAUGCAAAAAUAUUUUUAGUUGUAAAAAAGUCACAUGCACGAGUUCAAAGGCAUACGAGUAGAACCACAUCAGAAGGAAAACGAAGUGAAUGGUCAGUUACAAAAAUGGUAUUAGCAAUUUUCUUAGGGUUUUUAAUAUGUUAUUUACCAAUAACCCUUGUAAAAGUGGCUGAUGAGAAUGUUACAUAUCCAGGAUUCCACAUCACCGGUUAUUUAAUGCUAUUUCUGUCAGCAUGCAUAAAUCCAAUAAUUUAUGUGACAAUGAAUAAGCAAUAUCGACAAGCUUAUCGUGAUGCAUUGAUCUGUAAAUCAAAUUCACCGCAACAGAAUACCGAUUUACCAAGUAGAACGUUAAUGUCCGUUGUAUUCGUACCAAAUCGUCCAAACCAGCAAGCAGUAAUGCAAAUUAAAACUAAUAAUAAUUCGGUUAUAUUAAAUUAGUUUUUAUGGAGAAAAUUUUACAGUACGUUAAUCACGGGCGUUGUUUUUAAAUCUGCAGAAUUACAGCCAAUCGGAAAACAUAUCGAUAAUAAUCAAUAAGGAAUCUUAUUUUCAAUUCUUCCCACGCUAAGAGACAGUAAUGUAAUAUGGGGCUUUAUUUUAUGGCAAAAUUAUUAGUAUAAUUAUUGUAUUUUAAAUAAAUACUGGUAGUUUUCCAAAUUUCAUACAAUCUUAUUUAAAAGAAAUUACAUACUUGAUACAAGGUUGCCAAAACUGUAUCUGUAAGUGAAAGUGUCUGUUCCACGAGUAAAAAGAACCAAAAAAUGAACACACGCAAUAUUUGACUAUAAUAAUUGGUCUUCCUAAAUAAAAAAAGAUUUGAUUUCAUUGAAAAAAAAUUUGGAGAUGCGGGGGAUCGAACCCCGGGCCUUUCACAUGCAAAGCGAACGCUCUACCACUGAGCUACAUCCCCUUCUAUUCGUACUUCAUAAAAAUGCAGUCUCAAGGCACUAGAGCAAGUUGCAACGUACUAAAAAGAUUUUUUGAUUAUGUUAUUUCAAAAAUAAAAAAGAAAUAAAAAAGUACGGAAUUUUCGAGUCCGAAACCUUGGAUCCAUCAAUCCUGGGAGAAAUCCCGACAGAGAAGCUGUGAGGUUUCUGCGUGGCGUCUGGCCUCGGCAGAAUCCUAUAGCUUCAUCUGAUUAAAAUAUCUGUUACUCGAAAACGUCUCGCCUUCGGGUGACUGGUUGUUCUCAAGGAGGACACAGAGGAACUAUUGGUCUAGGCUAAGGAAUAAGGAUCCAUUUGCGGUACCCUUCUUAUGUUUUAUUACUAUUAUUAUUAUUAAGUUCUACUAUUUCUUGAUCUAUGUAAACGAAAUUUGAAUCAUAAUUUCCAGUACGCGUUUUUCUUUAGUUAAAAUAUAUGCGAAUGAGAUUGAUUACUCAGAUAUGAUUGUGUGUUUAUGAAGUAAAUUUUCUUGUAUGAAAAUAAUUUAUAAUAAAUGUAAAUAAAUUUCAUCAGUGAUGAAGCCAAUUAAAGUACCUGUAAUGUAUAGAUUUAGUUUUAUAUUUAUAGAAUUUAGAAAAUUUCGAAUAUGUCGACGUUGCUCAUCAUUAGUGAAUUUAAUACCUUG